UCACCCCAUCGCCGUUCCAACCAAAUACCAACGCGUACCUAUUCUUGUUCACCACCGGCGUAGCAGACCGGCCAACUAACACAGCUACAGCAGCAAGGAUUGCAGUUAGGAACAAAGAAACAUAAUUGAUUGCCAAACGAUUGAGCAACAAAAUUCAAUAAGUUGCAGAUGGAGCAGCCUGGGAUGCUAAAGGAUAAAAUGGGGCCUAACAGCAAAGAUCUUUUAGAGUUGGAGCAAAACAAAUCUUCCUCCUUAGAAGCUACACUUCUUGUUUGCAAAAAGAAUUCACUGUCAAAAUUCAAUAAACCACACACCAGCGAGAAGCUUGUGACGGCUCCAGUUCCUAAAAGUCAAAUGUUUGGAAAAGUGAAGGAUUUCUUAGGAGUUAUGGCUGAAGCUAAUAGAAGGCUGCAGCUUGAUGUACAGGAGAAAUCCUGUACGAACUAUGAUAUUGAAGUGCUCACGGGGAACGAACCUCAAUACAUUGAAAUGGAUUUGAUGCUUGGCGUUGCUGAUCUUCAAACUCCAGAAGCAGUGGCAGCUGCUGAAUGUGCAAUGGCUGGUGGUUCUCAGUCGAUAUGCAACUUAGCUGCUAGCAGUAGUGAAUCUGAAUCAGGUUCAGAUGAUAGCAGUGAUCCUUCUACUGACGGUAACCACAACGAUGAUGAGGAUAACAUAUACUCGAGCAACUCUCAAAAUCCAAAUUUGGAUGGGGCUGAUUCUCUAGGUAGUGAUCAGCCAAAAAAGCGGCCCAAGAUUAUUGAGCUGAAGUGAGGCAUUGUGGUAGGAAAUGCUCAUGACAUUUGAGGCAGAAAUGAGAAACCAUAUACAAAGCAACUGGGAAGGAAUAUUUAAAAGGAGAAGGCGAGAUGCUAUGGCAUUCCCAUUUGACGAAACUUUUUGCUGUGUUAUUACUCGUUAUAUAUAGUUUUGUAYGAGGCUUUCCUCCGUUGUUUUCAAUUGCUUACUCAAUGGAUGAGUUUAUGAUUGGCGAAUGGUGAUGCAAGGAAUGGAGGAUAUGCGUGUAAGGUUUAUGAUUGGUGAAUGGUGAUGCAAGAAAGUAAGACCUCUCUCUCUCUCAUAAAAGGGUGUUGGCAGUGUGCCAAACAAAUCCUAUUCAUUCACUUUAAAAAUGGUCAGAAUUACAAUCAGAAUGAAUGAUAAGAGUUUAAAAAGGAAGGGGUUAAAGACCAA